CGGGCAGAUCUGAGUGGACUGCUGAGGCGACAGGUCUCGUGGCUGCAGUGCUCAGUGACACCGCCAGCACCUCAGUGGACACGUUUUCCAGUAUAAGCACAAGCGUGUCACUCUGUGUGUCGAUCUCCAAGAAUCAUACAAAGUUUCGGACUUCUAACAUCACAAGCAGAGGCAAGACGUUCCUGGAGAUCGGUAGCACGAAUAGCGUGACCGGUGAUGAGCAGUGCAAUUCUAAGUGAAACUGAACAAUCAACUCUCCCUGAGUGUGGUUGUGAGGUGCAGACACACAGCGUAAGGCGUGGGAGCCGCGCGGCUGAUUGACUGACUUCUGACCUCUGCCCAAGCUGACGGCGGCGUUGCUUUUGGAUAAAAAACUGCUCAAGGUUGCCUCCACCACCACCACUGCUUCACUCAGGGUGGCUCAGCUACAGUGCUUGACUCGCCGUGCUCCUCCAUGUUUGCUUCAGAGAGAAGAAACUACGGCGUGCUUCUAUUAGGCAUCGUGAGUGAUUAGUCGAGUGUUAUUUAUCCUGCGACGGGUUGACCGGGGAUACACACUCACUGGCCUCGUUGACGCCACUCCACAGCGUCACUCAAGGCAGCCACUCCUGCAGUGCGGCGCGUGGCCCAGAGAAAUGUAAGACGACUGUUGAAGUAAUAUUCUCUGACUUGAGGAAGUGCUAUGGAAAAUUUCCUUAGAUAUCGCCUCAUCGAGGACGUGUACGAGGACGAGGACGAGGACGAUUACGAGGACGAGGACGAGAAUGUCCUUCUACAGCUCUUCGCAUCUCUUCGACCCAAGCUGAGUCCUGCAUCCGGGACGCAAGUGAUCACACUGACUAAUCCUGCAACGGCAGUAGCGACCAGGCCCGCGUCGGCAGCAGUGACUGGUCCCGCGGCGGCAACAGUGAGUAACCCCAACGCCUCACGUGACGCGAGGAUGAUGUUCAUCCGCCCGUUUAGUGGAGAGGACGAAGAUUACGGGGCAUUUCAGUUUAUUACUCUCUGUGAAGGUGUGAUGAACAUCUAUGACAUUUAUGGACACGCUGACAGAAUAUCCUUUGUCCGCUCACGGCUACAGCCUGGAUCCAGGGCGUGCUGCGUCAUGCAGGGCGCUGCCUUCUCAGUCACAAUAAUCCAGCAGGAUUACGACAAAUUCAGACAGAAUUUCCUAAAUGUAUUCAGUAGCGGUGCAACAACCCUGGUGGUGAAGCAGACGAUGGCGGUGGUGGAGUCAGUGACUCACAAUCUGGGGAGGAAAGACGUGUGGGAGGCGUCACUGCCUGCUAACAUCCUGGCCGAGAGCUGCCUGAGGAUUCUCCAUCAGGCAGGCUGGUGCUCAGGUGCUUACAUUACCACUGACAAUGUGACGAAAUUUUUGGGACUGUUAGUGUACAUGCUUCACGUCCAGCCACGUAUUCGCCUCGCUGCACUGUCCAUUCCAUUCCACCCCUCAGAACACCUGGAUGAUUUCGUGUAUGCUCUGGAUGACAAGCUGAGGGAGAUGGGACGCGCUGCUGCUGCAGUGAACUCUGCGGAUUCAAACACUAACUUUACGGAGGCAGCAUCCCAGCCUUCAGAUUCAGUACCGGUUGCUACACAGGCAGCAGUGUGUUCCUACUGUCACAAGGCAGGGCAUAAGGAAAGCAAAUGUUUUCGUAAGCGUGCAGACUCACGGAAGAAAACAUCUGGGGGCGAAUGUCUCCCUAAAUUUACUUCAGUCCCGAAGGAACGUCCCUCCGUGAGACCUAAGGCUGCCUUCACCUCCCGAGCCAAGGGAAGUCCUACAAGGCCUGCUAAUCACGGAGGCUCCGGGAAAUGGGCGGCGCCGCAACACACACCAGUACUGCGCUGCGCGCUGCAUGGCGCAGGCAACCACUCCACGGAAAGAUGCUUUCAGAUAAAAAAUCUUAGGAAGAAAGUCAAACAAAAACAAUUUACUUGAGCAGCGACUAGUCAAGAGGAGUCUCGCUCCCUCUCGCACAGAAUGAGGGCUUCAUCAAACAAGCCACGCCAGUCUGUCCCGGUGCAGGCGCUGCCGAGUUAGGAAUCUUAGAAUUCAAUGUCCGUUCACUAUAUCAACAUGAUGAAACACGCUGACCAUCUUACUCAGCUGCUAAACAGCGCGACUACCUUCACUCAUUAUAUUAGACUUGACCACACAAUCGUACUCUGAGAAUCCUCGCUCACUUCAGUUCCAAGCACUAAGAAUUCACCGCGGGCUGGAAGGACUCCCUCACGAGCGACUGAGGCAUGUCAUUUUUUUUUUUUUUGGCCACACUUCAGUCAUGUCCUCCUCACCAUAAUUUUAAUUUUAAUUUCUUUCGGCUUUAGGAUGCUUUAGGAUCACACUCACCUCAGCAAAUUCGACAAGACCGCUUAUUGAGGGUCAAGAGGACACGCUGCCAGGCACACACUGCUGUAAUGCUGUCAGGUACACUGUGAGGCUGUCAGACACACGCUGCUGUGAGGCGGCUGGACACGUGUCGCGUGGCGUGGCUACAUGAGGCGCGUGGGAAGGCGGUGUUAGGGAUAAGAAAGCUGAUUGUAUUGCAUGUAUUGUUCCUCCUCGCAAGGCUGAGUGGAGCAGGGCGAGGCGCGGGACAAGCGGUGUGUUCUCCGUCUGUUCUGCUGAGGCCCAAUACACCGAGACAGGACAGGUGCUUUAACACCAAUACAAUUCCAUUAUCAUACGACAUAAUACAAUAUAAUACUUAGAUAACAAUAGUCUUAACAUAAUUUAUACGUACUACAAUGACAUAAGUUUCAACCAAGUAUAUAAUCAAAAUGAAACAGACUAAUAUUCAGGCAGACGCUGACACGAGGAAGCGUGAGAGCCGUCAAUAUGUAAACACACCUAACAAUAUAAGAAUACGUGCUUCAA